AUGCCUGCCUCAGUCCCCAUCAACAUGAGCAAUUCUCCUCCAGCAUACUUAUUCGUGGUCAGACAUGGAAGCCGAUUAGACGCCGCCGACAAGUCAUGGCAUUUGACCUCGCCGACCCCCUACGACCCUCCUCUGACCUAUGGUGGUUUCCUCCAAGCACGACGAGUCGGCAACCAAAUAGCGAGCAUACUCGAACAAGCCAAAGCCGACAAUGAAGGCUCCGGCUCUUCGAACGGCUCCAAGAAGCGGAAGCGAUUCAAGAUUGUCAUUCACAGCUCCCCAUUUCUACGAUGCGUCCAGACCUCCAUUGGAAUCAGCUCCGGACUCACCCAAACUUCCUCCGACUCCAUUUACAACACGGCCGACUUGAUUCUGCCACGAGCAGCACCACAGACGGAACCCUAUUUUCAGUUCAAAUCCACUCUUUUGCGCCUUGAUUCUUUCCUAGGAGAGUGGCUCUCACCAGAGUACUUUGAGAUGAUUACCCCUCCACCAGGCCCGGCUCUCAUGUUGGGGGGUGCAAAGGCGGAACUCUUGAGACGCGAAGAUUACAGCAUUUACGACGACAUUCCGGAACCAGAGCUGCCGCGACCCUCGUCUGGAUCUCUCUGGCAAUCGCCAAAAUUGAGCCCUUCGCCUGCUCCCAGAUCUCCCUCGACCGACAGCGAGGGAUCAAUAAACGUGUCAACGCUAAGCUCAUCCCUUCCCACGCGGCCAGAAGCCAAGAGAGGAUAUGUUCCUCCCCGACCCAUAUACGCCGCUUCAAGUUCGGGAAGUAUCCCGGAAGGCUUCGUUGCUCACGCCAGAGAUGCCUCCGUCACAGUGGACUACCAGUGGGAUUCUAUGAGAGCACCUCUGGACUUUGGAGACGGAGGCAAGUUUGGUGAGGAGUGGGCUUCCAUGCACAAACGAUUCCGGGGUGGCAUAAGAAAGCUGGUCAAUUGGUAUGCCUCGACUGACUCUCCCGCUGACCUGGUCGCAAAAGCCAUGAAGAGCAGCGGCGCAGAACACGAGUCCGAGGAUGAAGAUGUCGAAACUGUUGUGAUUAUGGUUUCCCACGGUGCCGGGUGCAAUGCCCUCAUUGGCGCCAUUACACAUCAACCAGUUCUUAUGGACAUUGGAAUUGCUUCCCUCACCAUGGCCUCGCGAAAGCCGAAUUUGGACUACCAGGAGCUAUUGGCCUCAACGCCAGGGCCGUCAGAUCCUUCCAAGAAGACACUUGUGGCUGUUGACAAGAUGUACGACAUUCGGUUGUCUGCAAGCACGGAACACCUGCGACGUUCGAGCAACACAACCCCCGUUUCUGCGAGGUCCAACUCCACCGCCAACGUUUGGAAUACAAACAACGGCUCAAGAGGCCGCACUUCAACCCUCUCCAGCCUCGGUGGUCCAGUCAUGAGUCCAUUCACAUUCUCGGAUCCUUUCUCAUCGACUGGUAGUCGCAGCACCUCGGCCAGCGCAGCUCUGCCGCCUGUAAUCCGACGGGAUUCGGCCUCUCACCGGCCCCUGCCCAGAGGUCCCGCCCUUGCCUCCGUGGGAUUCGGCAAUUCGGCUGGAUCGUCAAAUCCAGGAAAUCGAUCUCCGCCUGCGUCCUCUUCGGGAUUUGGCCUUUGGUCAGCCGGGCCAUCGUCCUUGCGGCUCAUGGAUGAUGGUAGCGAAGACGCUGAUGAUUUUGGCGCCAUGCUACCCGACUUUGACCAGAAGCGAUUCAAGAUGAGCUCCCCGACAAAGGAAGAGAAAGAACCCAUCCUCUCUAUUGACUCGGUUCCUUCAUCCGCAAUUGACGAUGCGCCCAUGUUUCCAGAGUUUCCGCCCUCAAGAACAGACGGCGUCCAAGACGGUCCCACAAAGACAAUGCUCGCUGGUCCCAUCAAGCUUCACACGAAUCUGGGCCCCGAUAAACCAGUGGAGGAGAUGAAGGUCACGCAGCUUGGAGCUGGGCUCGGUGGUCUGUGGGGUAUUCCCCCUCCUCCAGAUGAGGCCGAGCGGUUCCGAGAUAUGAGCCACACGAAGCGCCGGUGGACGGUUAACGAGCGUGCUUAG